AUGGAAGAGAAUGACGAUGAGCAAGUUCUACCAGCUAAAGCUACCGAUGAAGAUAUAGCUAAAAUCUUAGGUGAUCAAACGCCGGUCGAAGAUGGAGAAGGAGAAACUGAUGAUGCAUUUGUUCAUUUAAAAUCCUCGUCAAUCAUAUCAAUUUUGGUUAUUGUUAUGAUCACUCUUGUUUGCAUAUUAGCAACAGGUUUAUUAAUCAAUACGAUUCUUCGGACACAUAGCAUCACUCGUACAUUAUCGACGUAUUUCGGUUUCAAAACAAAUCGUACGAUCGACGAAACGACAUUAACAUUUUGGGAACCGAAAACUAUCUUCAAUAAACAGCCAAUAGAAACAACUACUACGGCCACCAUCAUUAGUUCUUCUUCAUCUUCACGUCCUCCUCAAUAUAUCUUAACGCUAUUCCUGUCAUCCGUGCUCUGUGGUAUCUUCGCUUUUUAUAUGCGCCGUCACCAUCAAUACUAUCCUGCUUGGGGUGCUCGACCGCGAAUACCUGAACGGCAUAUCACUCUCGAGCUCAAACCUUCAAAAAUUGGCGCUCGCUAA